AUGUCACUCGAAGAUAAAGCAGAUAACUUCAUUCAAUCACGUCUAGAUGCACUCUAUGCCAUCGACAGCAAUAUUGUCUCACUUUUGGACAAUCUUUCCCUGGUAUUUGAAACCUAUCAUACUUCACCGACAUCAGUUAAAACUCAAUUCCCAGAACAAGUAGAAACCAUAUAUGAGACACUAAGUAAGAUCGCCAUUGAUUUACGUAAGGAAGUGAAGAUAAUGGAUGAUAAUAUUGGAGUAUAUGACAAGAAUGCCGAUGGUGUGAUGAUUUUACCCAUAAGUGUUGAUCAAAAGAAUACUCAACUUGGUUAUAAACGAUUGAAUGAAGAAGUUAAAGAAUUAGAUAAGUUGUUGGAGAAGGGUAUGCCUCCUCAUGAACAUCCACUUGAUGAUAACAUAGAACUUCAACAGAAGGAGGAAGAACGUGUUGUGCCGCAUGAGGAUAUAGAGAUGGGUAUUCCAGAAGAAUUACAAACACAAGAAUUAUCAGUACAACAACCAGAGAUAGGAACAAGUGAUGAUGAUAAUAAUGUCAUUGAUAAAUUAAACACACCCGAAGAUGAUAGUAAUGUAAUUGAUAAACUAAAAUCAAGAGAUGAAGAUGACGACAAUGAUGAUGCCCUAUUUGAAGAAGUAUAA